AUGCCAUCCGCCCCCAUCGUCGCCGCCGUUCUGCUUGGUGCGCGUGUCGCGUCGCCCGCCGUCGUCCUUCUAGCUACACUAUCCCUCGUAUCCUCUAAGCGCCUUUCUCACCAAUAUCAAAGUCCAAUAACUCCCGUCGUCGUCACAUCUCGUGUCCCACGGAGAACACUCAUUCUCGUCCUUCUCAGUAUCAGCGCUUUCACUUUCUUAGCAGAUGGUCUCGCAUACGUCGUAUAUGCUGUCCUUAACAAAGUUUGGCCUAAAGGCACUGGUAUCGAAACCGCAAGUGUUUUGGGUCUACUAGCGUAUGCCGGUUUGGCAGCUCUUGGCGCAUGGAAGGACGUCAGCGACGAUGAGAUUUGGAAUCGGGGUCGAGUCAAGAUUGCAAUAGCUGUCGCUCUUGCACUCGACAUCGUCCAGGUCGUCCUCUCCUUGAUUGGAACAGACCCGCAUCACAUGUGCACAUCACCCCUCCGGUCAUGCAUACCUAAUCUUUUGCAUGGUGUUCUACCACUCGCACGAGUGCUUGCACUCCUUCCUCUCCUUGUGGCGCUCUUCUUCCCUCGUGUCAUUUAUCUUACUGCGCAAUCAAAUGGUUACACAGAAGAAGCCGAUGAGACCGCUCCUCUGAUAUCACAGCACGUUCCUCACGAUUCGUUGCUGUUGCAACCAGAAGAUGCCGACCCUGAUGGUCCUAGUAGUACCGGUAAAUACGGCACUUUUACGUCCAGAAGCGGUCCUACUACCCGCAGCGCGUCUCCAAUUCCAGAUGUACGAGAGCCAACCAAGACAACCCCACGCGAAGUAGCCGUCGAUCCUUCAUGGCGGGAGCUCUUCACUCGUAUAUCUCGCAUCACGCCCCAUCUUUGGCCUUCCCGCUAUCCCAAGCUGCAAUUCAUCGCAUUAAUCUGUUUCCUCAUCCUUAUUCUGGGUCGCGUAGUCAAUGCCUUUCUUCCUCUCACGCUCGGCGCACUCAUCACCACAUUCGACACUCCAGGCGUAGCUCCAGUCUCAGCGUUCGGCGCAAGCCCAUGGCCAUACCUAAUCACAUACGUCUUGCUUCGCUUCCUCGCUUCCUCAGGCGGUCUCGCAGCCAUCCGCGAUGCACUCUGGAUUCCACUCAUGCAAUACAGCGAUCGUAGCAUGUCGAUGCUCUCAUUCAAUCAUGUCCUUGCUCUUUCUCUCAGCUGGCAUACGAAGCGCAAGACUGGCGAGCUUCUCCGUAUUCUCGAUAGAGGAAGCGCAAUAAACCGCGUUGGGGAGCUUAUUGGGUUCACAGUGAUUCCUGCACUCGUGGACAUAUGUGUUGCGCUCGUCGUGUUUGUCUUCAGGUUUGAACCUGCGUUGGGUGUUGUGGUUGGUGUUGUGAUGGGGAGUUAUAUCUGGGCGAGUGUCGUGCUCACGCGGUACAGGACUAGGAUACGGAGGCGGAUGAACGAGCGGGAUGUGGUCACUCGCGGAAUCCAUACGGAUUGUCUCCUUAACUAUGAGACUGUCAAGUAUUUCGGUGGGGAGGAGUAUGAGGCGCAGAGGUAUACGGAGGCUAUUGGGGAGUAUCAGAGCUUAGAGAAGAGGGUCGUUUUAUCUCUCAACCUCUUGAACCUCGUACAAACGCUCAUCAUCACGUCCGGUCUUCUGGUCGGUUCUUUGAUCGUCGCGUCGCGCAUCACGAGGGGACAGAGUAAUACUAGCGAUUUUGUGGUGUUCAUCACUUAUUAUGCGCAGCUCUACUUCCCUCUCUCGAAUCUAGGUAGCGUAUAUCGCGCAAUCAACCAAAGCCUCGUCGAUACCGAGAAAUUACUUCAUCUCCUCAAUGAGCCCACCGAAGUUGUCGAUGAGCCUGAUGCCAAGGAAUUGAUAGUCACGAACGGCGAAGUUGAGUUUGACAACGUAACCUUCUCCUACGACCAUCAAACUACUGCAUUACACAAUAUCUCCUUCAAGCUUCCCCGCGGCGGACGUGUUGCUCUCGUUGGCGAAAGCGGAGCAGGCAAAAGCACAAUCCUGCGCCUCCUCUACCGCUUCUACGACCUCCAACCUGGCUCAGGACGUAUCCUAAUCGAUGGUCAAGACAUCCGCACGGUAACGCUCUCAAGCCUGCGUCGCGCAAUAGGCGUCGUACCCCAAGAUCCUGUGCUCUUCAACGCCAGCAUCGGGUAUAACAUCGCUUAUGGCCAGCCUUCCACCACUCCCCCUGAUGAAAACACCAUCGUCUCGAGCGCCCAAGCUGCUCAGAUGCAUGAACGUAUCAUGAGUUUCCCAGAGGGGUAUGAGACGAAGGUUGGGGAGAGGGGCGUGAGGCUGAGUGGGGGUGAGAAACAACGGGUGGCGAUUGCUAGGACUAUGGUGAAGAAUCCGAGGGUGUUGCUUUUGGAUGAGGCUACAAGUGCGUUGGAUAGUGCGACAGAGCGCGGGGUGUUAGACGGUGCGCUUGGGAGACUUGUGGAUGGGAGGAGUUGUUUGAGUAUUGCGCAUCGGUUGAGUACGAUUAAGGGGGCUGAUUUAAUUAUGGUUCUCAAGGAUGGAAGGAUCGUUGAACAGGGCUCACAUAGGGAGCUCCUUGAACUCAAUGGCCUCUUUGCAUCCAUGUGGGCAGACCAAAUAAGCGCAUCCGAAGAUCCAAAAACCCCAGCUGGAUACGACGUCGAUGACGAUGCCCCUGUCGUCGACAUUCCCGACUCUGAAACACGCAGCACAGCAGUCGAAGAGCGCGUAGUUAUCGAUUCUCCUCAAGUCGUCCCAUCAUCCCUACAAGUCAAACCAGACGCACCUAUAUCAUUCCCCGUAACCGACGACGCACCCCAAACGUUCCCGACAACGGCAUCCACGUCUGACGCGCCUUCCAUCCACAGCUAUCCAGAGCGUUCAGCCAUACCUGCGCAUGUACAAGGCGCGAGUGUUACGUUUGACGCGAAAGUGGCUACGCCUCCGCGGACAAGUUCGCCUGAGCCUAAGAGAGCGCUCUCGACGCAUAACAUCCAGAGACUUGCGAGGAAGAUAAGUCUCAGCGGUAAAGCUCCGAAAUUACCUGGUGUUUUACGCCGGGACACGAGCUUGCGAGAGGCGAGUAUGGCGAGCAGCGGAAGUGGUGCUGGAACUGCGAGUGGGAGCGCAUCUACGCCUCCUACUGGAAGUGCUAGAGCGAGCGUGGAUGAGCCGCAGACCGAGGCUGCUUUGAAGAAAGAAGAGAAGAAGAAGAAGAGGAAGAGUUUUAUCUAG